UUUUUCUCUACUAAUUAUGCAGAAUCCAGAGAAUAUUUCUAAUCCUCAUCAAGCUCUUUAUGAAGAUUUAUUUUCGAAGUUGAAUCCAAUGGGCAAAGAGGAAAUCGAUUCCGCCAGUAUUGCCGCUUUUUUAAGAACUGCUAAAGAUGUUAAUACGGCGCAGCUUUCUCAGAUUUGGGAAGCAGCUUGUGAAUCGAGUGGCUUUGUAAAUCGUGGAUUUCUGAACAAAUUGGGCAUUUUUAUGUGUUUUAAGGUAUUUUGUUUUAAAUUUAAGUGCAUUUUUGCACUUUUACAAAUCUUAUAA